AUGAUUCAGCGCUUUGCGGGCUCUGCUUACCUAAUCAGAGCGGUGACAGCUUCGCUGCUAUUUAGAGGUGACACCCUGAAUAAUAAGCACGUUUCCUCUAGCUUAGAGGUCCUGGCGGGUUUUGAGAUAUUUGAUCAUAUCCAGUGUGAGGGGGUGGACAAGGGCAAGCUGGAGCUCUUGAAGGUCAUGAGUACACAUCGGAUCAAAAUUGAUAAGGUGCUUGAUUUCUUGAAACAAAAAAUAGAAUAUAGCUCUUUCCUUUCUGCCACCACCGUGCCAUCCAGACUGAGGAAGACCCGGAAACUCCGGGGCCACAUGAGCCAUGGCCAUGGCCGCAGCGGUAAACACCGCAAGCAUCCAGGAGGAUGCGGGAACGCUGGAGGCAAGCAUCAUCACAGGAUCAACUUCGACAAAUAUCAUCCAGGUUACUUCGGGAAAGUUGGGAUGAGGCAUUACCACUUAAAGAGGAACCAGAGCUUCUACCCGACUGUCAACCUGGACAAACUGUGGACACUGGUCAGUGAGCAGACCUGGGUCAACGCUGCCAAGAACAAGACUGGAGUUGCUCCCAUCAUUGAUGUCGUGCGAUCGGGCUACUACAAAGUUCUGGGGAAGGGAAAGCUCCCUAAGCAGCCUGUCAUCGUGAAAGCCAAAUUUUUCAGCAGAAGAGCUGAAGAGAAGGUAAAGGGUGUUGGAGGUGCCUGUGUUCUAAUGGCUUGA